AUGUCGAUCCCUGCCCGCGUGGUGCAAGAGUGCAUGAGCCAGCUCGCCAGCGCUCACGAAGGAGAUCGGCUCGUGAAAAUUGUAUCUGACGUCCUCAACAUGCUUGAACAACAUGGGCAGGUGUACUCUAUUCAACUGAAGCCGAGUAUGGUAGGGAUCAGCCCUCUCAACAGGGACGGCUCCGGAGUAAAUCCGGUGGACGUGCACGAGCUGCUCAGCGACAUUCUGACAGCUGGCUGGCUCGACUCCAGAGUGACAGCCAUCGGAGUUGAGCCGAGCUGUCAAGCGGACCUGGACUGGAACGCCGAGUUCUUUCGAAAGGUCAACGGCAUCCUCGGCACUUUCGAUGGCAGUCAGUGCAAGGUGCUGUCGCUGGUCCUCUCCAAGAGCGUUGCGGAGCAGUUGCCGGAUCUUCUCUCGUUAGUGCAGAGGAUGGGUAACGCUACCCUUCAACGUUCAGAACACGAGUUGCAGUUCAUGAGACGCCUCCACUGCUUGUGGAUCAGCCAGAGCUCUUCCGGAUCGCACGUGGACUUUGGGUCCAUCAAGAAGAAAGCCACGACCGGCAAGACUGUGCACCUCAAGGCCCUUCCUCAUUUGUACACAUUCGCUUUGAAAGCAGUUGGGGGACGCUCGCCAUUCUUGUUGGACGAGACAGAGGCAUUCGUCAGGAUGCAGAGCCCGAGUACCCGCUCACUGGGCCCGGACUUCUGGGAGAAAAUCAGCGGAGACAUGAAGGGGGCGAACCAGUGCGUGCGCUUUCGGCACGCAAUG